AGCACAGCGCCGGCACAAUGAGGCGCCCGCCGGGGCUGACGCCGAGGCGGCCGUGGCUGCGGCCGAAGGGCAGAGCCCAGGAGAGCCGCCUGAGGCUGGGCAGGGUCCGCACCGCUCCGUCCUCCGGCGCCUCCUCCGCCAUGGCCGCCGCGGCCCGCCCGCGCCGUUUGAACUUCUUCCCGUCGGCCCCCGCGCGGCGGGCGCGCCCCUCCGCCAUUUCCGGGGCGGGCGGCGCUGAGGGAAGGAGGCGGUCGCGGGUUCCUCUUUUUGCCUUUUCCCCUCCGGAGCUCUUGUUUUUCCCCUCGCGCAGGUCUGUGGCGCUCCUGCCGUGUGUCUGGCUGAGGGGCGGCUGCGGGAUGGCGCUGCCCCGGCUGCUGGUGCGGGCGCUGCACCGCGCGGCCGCUGCCGCCGCACCUGCGGCCCCAGAUUUCAACAGUUUUGUCACUCGGACCAACACGUGUGGAGAGCUGCGUGCUGCUCACGUGGGACAGAAGGUGACUCUGUAUGGAUGGGUUCAAUAUCAAAGACAAGGCCUGUUUCUGGUUUUGAGGGAUUUCCAGGGCCUGACCCAGGUCGUCAUUCCUCAGGAUGAGGCACAUUCCCACGUGAAGGAGCUGCUGUCCAGCGCCCCGCUGGAGUCUGUGGUCAGAGUCACUGGGACAGUGUCCCCCCGGCCCCUGGGGCAGCAGAAUCCGAAAAUGACAACAGGGGAUAUUGAAGUGAAGGCAGAGACUGCAGAGAUCCUAAACUCCUGCAAGAAGCUGCCUUUUGAAAUCAAGGAUUUUAUCAAGAAGUCGGAGGCGCUGCGGAUGCAGUACCGGUACCUGGACCUGCGCAGCUCGCGGCUGCAGGCGGCGCUGCGGCUGCGCUCCCGCGUGGUGAUGAGGAUGCGCGAGUACCUCUGCAACCUCCACGGCUUCGUGGAUGUAGAAACUCCAACUCUGUUUAAAAGAACCCCAGGGGGAGCCAAAGAAUUCCUUGUGCCCUCGAGGGAAGCGGGCAAGUUCUACUCUCUGCCACAGAGUCCUCAGCAGUUCAAGCAGCUCCUCAUGGUUGGAGGCAUGGACAGGUACUUCCAGGUCGCUCGCUGCUACCGGGACGAGGGUUCACGGCCUGACAGGCAGCCAGAAUUCACCCAGAUAGAUAUAGAGAUGUCAUUUGUAGAUCAAGCUGGGAUCCAGAGGCUCAUAGAGGGCCUCCUGCAACAUUCCUGGCCUGAGGAAAGAGGCUCCAUUGUGACUCCUUUCCCUUCCAUGACAUAUGAGGAGGCACUGGCUGAGUAUGGGACUGAUAAACCAGACACUCGCUUUGGGAUGAAGAUCGUGGAUAUCAGUGAUGUUUUACGAGGAUCAAACAUUCACUUUGUGCAGAAUGCCCUCAGUUACCCACAUGGCUCCAUCAGAGCCAUUUGUAUCCCUCAGGGAGUGAGGUAUCUUACAAAUAAAGACUUGGAGUCAUUGAAGGAGUCUGCAAAAUCCCAGUUUAACCAGGAAAUCCUGGAAAUUAUCCGCAGACCUGAUGGAAGCUUGAAGUCUCUGCUUACCAAGUUCCUGGGUGAGAAGGAGCAGUCAGAGCUCAUCCAAGCACUGAACAUGCAGGAGGGUGAUGUGGUGCUUCUGGCAGCUGGAGAACACAAGCAAGUGUGCUCUGCCUUAGGAGCCUUGCGGUUGUUGGGUGCCAACCUCCUGGAGGCAGCUGGGCUGGCACUCCGUGAUCCCACAGCCUUCCACUUCCUCUGGGUGGUGGAUUUCCCCCUGUUCCUUCCCAAGGCUGAGAAUCCCACUGAGCUGGAAUCUGCUCACCACCCCUUCACUGCCCCUCAUCCUUCAGAUGCCAGCCUCCUGUAUUCUGAUCCCACAAAGGUCCGUAGCCAGCACUACGACCUUGUGCUCAAUGGCAAUGAGGUUGGAGGUGGCUCCAUCAGAAUUCACAGUGCAGAGCAGCAGCGUUUUGUGCUGGAGAAAGUGCUGAAGGAGGACUCUGAGGUGCUUUCCCAUUUAAUUGAGGCUUUAGAAUUUGGAGCUCCACCUCAUGGAGGAAUUGCUUUAGGACUUGACAGGCUGAUCUCUCUCAUUGUUGAUGCUCCAAGUAUCCGGGACGUCAUUGCCUUUCCAAAAUCCUUCAGGGGACGAGACCUGAUGGGCAAUGCUCCAGACUAUGUCACUCCAGAAGAACUAGAACCAUAUCACAUUCAGGUCUCCUGGCCUCUUGAAGAAAAAGAGGCAAAGAAAAACUGACUUGAUGCCAGUGAUGUAAGCUGAUCUGAUCAACCAGAGGUGGUUACAGCUUCUAGAGGCUGAGAUUCAGUUCAGAAAAUAUCAGCUCUUGUGGCAGGGUGAGGGACAGUCCCACUCCACUGUGCUGUGGCAGUUUCCAGAUGGAGUGGCAAGUAGAUAAGGGAUCUUCCUGAUAGGAAUUCAUCUUUGGGAGGUAACGGAAAGGAUAUUAAAAAAACAAUAGCAAAUAAUAUAAUUUUAGCAUAGGAUAUUGAGACUGUUUGCUUUAGGGUGUCAUAUUGGAGGGAGGAUGGGUUCUGGUUUUUCCCAACUCUCAAUUUUUACAUGUCCUUUGUAAAGUGUUCCUCCUCCCAUCUGGAAGAGAUAUUCAGCUUCCCUGGCAGGAAUUAAAUCAUGAUCCUCAUUAAAUCAUGUCAGCUAAGCACUGUGACAAUAAAACUGUGCUGGACCAGGAGCUCUGAACACUGCACAGCCAAACUUCUGUUCAGCCAGCAACUUGUCUCCUGUUGGAGGAUACCAGAUCAUGCAGAACUUUGCCACGAGGAAUUCACACUCAGCUGUGUUUUUCCUUCAAAGGAGAGGGAGAGAAGCAUGGAUGAUGUUUGCAACAGUUGUCCUUGUAAUACUUGUCAAAGAGGUGUUGAUCUGUCUUUGGGGCCUGUGGUCCUGGUGCUUUCAGCACAGUCAUUCAGGAGUUUGUAUGUUUAUAAAUAAAGUUUACCUGUGUGAGUGUC